CUUUCUUGAGUAUCAUUUUGCUACUUCUACACUUUGUAGUUCCUGUACUCCAUUCUUCGUUUGGUGUUGGGCUUGAGAGAACGAUCACGCUGCAAACGAAACCCCUAAAUUCCCUGCUUCUUGACGUGGUUGAAUAAUAGUUAUGGCUGCUGCAGCACCGUCGCCUGCCUCCUCGUUUGCAGUGCGUGGCUCUAAUGGUCUUUGGGUUUGUUCCUUACCGGACGGUGCUCGCCAUGGUGGGAUCAGUGAUGACUCGCGUGACUGCAAGUCUAUGACCUACUCUCACGAUGGAUCACGGUUUGCGUGGGUAAACGCUACCAGUGUACAAGUUGCUCGCACGUCCGACGGACAUGUUCUGCAGUCUUACCCAUUUCCACGCACAUGCUCUCUUCGGUUCUCGCCCAAAGGCUCUUUCCUGGCUGCCUGGGAACCCUAUGCUGUGCGCAAAGGUCAAUCACCUGGCGAGCCAAACCUGCAUGUGUGGAACGUGUCAACUGGAGACUGUGUUACCAGCUAUGUGCAGAAGAAGAGUGAAGGAUGGCAUCCAAUGUGGUCAGCAGAUGAGGAGCUGUGUGCCCGUGUGGUAACUGGUGAAGUUCACUUCUUCAAUGGCGGUGUACCAGAUGGCGCUCCCGUUCAGAAGCUUCGCCUGGAAAAUAUCAAGCAUUGCGCGAUAUCUCCAUCCACUGUUCCGUACUACAUCGCCUCUUAUCAACCUGGCUCCAAGGGCGGACCAGCAUUCAUUCGUCUCUAUCGCUAUCCUGGCUUUGAGAAUGUCCUUGCCAGUCGCAGUAUAUUCAAGUGUGACAAUGUGAAGAUUAGCUGGAACGUUCAAGGCACUGCAUUCCUUGGUGUUACUAGUGUGGAGGUUGACUCUAGCGGUGCUUCCUACUAUGGUGAACAAGGCCUGCAGUAUUUAGACACGACUGGUGCUGGCACGAUGGUUACUCUAUCCAAGAAGGGACCUAUUUAUUCCAGUGACUGGCAUCCGAAUGGACGCGAGUUUUGUGUAGUAUACGGCUUCAUGCCGGCCAAGGCGACUUUGUUCAAUCAGAAGUGUGAGCCCGUGUUUGAUUUCGGUACCGGACCUCGCAAUGCUGUCAACUACAACAGUCAUGGAACAGUGAUGUGCCUGUCUGGAUUUGGAAACCUCCCCGGCCAUUUGGAAUUCUGGAGUCGUGAGAAAUUGCAACUUGUUUCCAAGUGUCAGGCGUCGGAUACAACAUCCUUCCAGUGGUGUCCAGAUGGUGAACAUUUCCUCACAGCAACAACAGCACCACGACUAAGACAGGACAAUGGGUACCGUAUUUGGCACUACUCUGGAAGAGACGUGGGAAGAUGGUCAGUUCCUGGUGCAAAAGAUGAACUGUGGCAGGUCUGCUGUCAACCCGUACCGUACGGUACAUUCCGUGCCAAGGCUGUCAUCGGCGUGCAAGCAUCGAUAACACAAGAAAGCAAAAGUAAACCAGCAGCGUAUCGGCCCCCGGGUGCAAGAGGUACCACAUCAUCUCUCAAAUUGCAUGAGAAUGAACGUCCUCAGGUUGUUGGAGCAGCUGCAGCCAUGAAGGCAGAAGAGCCUGCUAAGCCUCUAUCCAAAUCUGCCCAGAAGAAUAAGAAACGACGUGGUGGCAAGAAAGAAGAUGCAAGUGACACAAGCACAGCACCGGGUAGUGCAGUGACCCAGGCUCAACGUGAUGCAGUUGCCAUGGCUACCUGCCUCGUUGCCCCUGCCCCAGCUGCAUCUGCUGCUGCCGUCAGUACAACGCCAGUAGAAAAUGAGAAGAAGAUACGUGCUCUGAGAAAGAAAUUGCAGCAGAUUGAGAAACUGAAAGCACAGCAGGCAGAAGGCAAGACGCUCGAAGGCAAUCAGCUGGAAAAACUGAAGGGUGAAGAUGAGCUGCUGCGUCAAAUUAAGGAACUCUCUGUGGGCAGCUAAGACCACUGUUUGUUUAGACUUGUCCUGCAGCUUUGAGAUGCUGUCUCGUCAUUGUAAACUCUGUGUGUGUGUGUGUGUGUGUGUGUGUGUGUGUGUGUGUGUGUGUGUGUGUGUGUGUGUGUGUGUGUGUGUGUGUGUGUGUGUGUGUCUAACAUAGCUGUUCGCUAUCAUCGCUUCCGCGAUGGGCAGGUCUGAUGUCUGAGGUGUGUGUGUGUGUGUGGAGUUCAUAGCUCUGUAGCCUGAUGGCAAGCCGGGCUUGAAGCAUCAUCUCCAGACCAACCAGCUAUACUUUCUCGUACUCUGUGUCAGCGUGGCAGCAGCAGUUAAUACCAGUGAGGUUUCACUGGAUAUGUGCUGUUUUCACACGGGUCAUUGGACAACUUUGUAACAACUUGUACUAGUGCUAUAGUCCCCGUGUCACAGUGUCGCAGUCUGUUCUUGCUCGAGAUGAUCUCGUGUGUGCUGGUCGCACUGCCAGCAUGUGCCAGUCUCUGUUGUGUUUGUGUACCUCGUGUACCUUGAGUAAGGUGUACUUUAGGCACAUGCCUUGUACUAUUACUAACCCAGUGAGAGUGGAAUUCAGAAGUGUGCAUGGUCUUGCAUUCCCUUCUGCAACGAUGCUUCAGGUGCAUCCGCUCUUCAUGGUUGUUUUGUACUUCUACUCCAUACUGCACAGUGUACCUAUCUGUACAUAAGUGGUCUGUCUGCAGUAUUAUCAUCUCGAUGAUAUUUUCAGUUUCGAGUGUUGGGGUAACGUUAAGACGGUUUGGAGUAUAUUUCCGCUGGUGGUUGGUUUCCAGGAAUCUGCUUCCCCAGUGUACCCAGUGUCAUGGCAUGCUGUCUGUGUACCAGUGCCAUGGUAUGCACUCCUGUAUGGACUAAGCCGUCUGUGUACCAGUGCCAUGGUAUGCACUCCUGUAUGCACUCCUGUAUGCACUCCUGUAUGCACUCCUGUAUGGACUAAGGCGUCUGCUCAACUUGUUUUCUACUUUAUGGACAGAUGUCUUUAUGUCGAUAAGAUAAGAGUAUCAUCUUCCAUGUCUUGCUUAGAAACAGUUAUUGUUGAUCCUGCUUCAAUGACUUUCUCAUAGAUUUGUUAUCUGCAAUGUUUCAUUAUCACCGAGUUGAGUAUUGUCCAUUGGCUGUCGUCGUCUCGCUAUCUUCUUUGGACACUAUUCUUACUUUGAAGUAGAGUUGUCCGUUGGCUUUCUUUCAAAUUCUUUGUCUCAUUAUCUUCUUUGGACAUCAUUCAAUGACAUCCUAUUUCUGUGCUCAAUAGGUUUUUGAAGUUCGAAAAGAGAACCUCUAUAAUUAUUAUUCUUAGUUACUGGA